AUGAAGCUCGCCAGUUGUCUUUCAGGGCCACUUUUAACGGUUUUUACGAUAUUCAAUAUAGUAGUGUAUGCGCAACAACCUGUAACACCACGUUCAAAUACUAAAUGUGGAUUAUUAUUAAAUAAAAUAUAUUGCUUUGGUGGGAACUUGUAUAAGACAAGUACAGAAAAUGCCCCUGAUAAUGUGAUUAAUGUACUAGACUUAACCACAACAACAACAUCAAGUAAUGAAGAUACGCCUAGUAUGACAACUGAACAGCUACAAGCAUGGUGGAAACCAGUGAGUGCAGAUACAAAUGGAGUUGAUAUCCAUGUCAGAACGAUUCCUCAAGUCAUUGCCUUACUUGACGGUUAUAGAAUGUUGAUUAAUGGUGGUUUCAAACCAAACUCACCUUCUCGUCUUGCAAACCAUAAUAUUGUAUAUGAUGCCAAAGAUAACAAGUGGUUAGCUUAUGAAGAUUAUAAUGAGCCACCUUAUGGUAAAAGACAAAUAUAUUAUGGCACAGUUGUUAAUGUUCCAGGUAAAGGUGCAGCAUUUUAUGGAGGCUUUGAAGUAUAUAUAAAUCAGUCAUGGACUACACCUAGCCUUAAUAGCUCUAUUUUUAAUUUUGGAAGUGAUCUAUCUAGAGCUAUCGGAUAUACUCAAAUUGCCUACUUUAACAUAGAUGCCAAUCCCGCAAAAUGGAUCAUGCCAACACCUGUACCUACUACCUAUGCUCCUACAUUUUUUGCUCGACAAGAAGCUAUAUUUGAUCCUGUCACUCAACUUAUUAUAUAUAUGGGAGGUGAAACUCGAAGCAACGACAUGGCUUCACCUUCCAUAAAUGGUGUAAAAGGAUCAUUUAUGAAUGUAACUGCAUUCAAUACAGUGACGAAUGAAUGGUCUGAAAUUCAACUGAAUGGGAAUGGACCAGCAGUUGGUAGAUUUUUCUUUAGUCUUACACUAACACCUACUACUAAUAGAGAUGUUAUUCUAUAUGGUGGUGAAUAUGAUGGAGUUGCUUCUAAUGAUUACUGCUAUGUUCUCAACCUGGAUACUAAAAAUUGGACACGACAAACAAUAGCUGCUCCGGCUGGAACAACAUUAGCUAGAUCACAACAUUCCUCUGUUAUAGUUAAGAAUGAUACGCUUUUCGUGAUGUGGGGUGUAGAUGGAAAUAAAGCUGGUACUAGUAGUAUUCUGUUAUUAAAUAUUUCCAACCCACAUUCAAUCACCUAUAUGGAUAAAUUUAAUCUUAUUCAGCUAAAUGAUAAUAACAAUAGCAAUAGCAGUAGCAGCAAUGACAAUAACCAAAAUAAUACCACUACUAUCACUACAGAUGAUGAUGGUGUUAAAGAUAACUCACUAAGUACAGGAGCAACAGUUGGUAUAGCUGUCGCCUGUGUUGCUGUGGCUAUAAUCGCUGCUGCAGUAAUUGUAUUUUAUGUACGUAAAAAGAAGAAGACGACUACCAAUAAUAAUAAAAAUCAAUACUACGAUGAGAAUGAUAGCCAUGACAUUAAUAAUGAUAAUAAUAAUAAUAAUAAUAUAAUGGAUGAAGUGGAUUGGGACAAGAUAGAAGAGAAUUAUUUAGAGAUGCCUGCAUUACCUCAAACAAAUAACAAUCAUUACCAGGCAUCUAUUCAUAGUAAUCAUCAUACACCUAUCUCGGCAGUGCCUUAUAGUGAAAAUGAAUCUACUACAGUUGUAAGCCAUCAUAGUCACGACAACUACCAGUAUAAGAAUAAUAAUGAUAAUAACAAUACGCCUUCAGUAGUACAACCUGAUGGAGUAAAUAUCUAUCAACGACCUAAUGAAUAUAGUCAAGUAUUAAAACCAGAUGGGGGGUGGCAGUAG